AUGCCCCAGACAUCAAUACCGACCCUAACCCCGACUAGCAGCGGCACAGACCAGCUUUCAUCUCUUACACCAGACAAGUUGAAACUUUUGUCACAAUUCCGAUCCAAUCUGCCCAAUCUUCUCUCAUCCCAAAAACUAUCGCCAUCAGAAUCGACCCUAAAACCGAUCACAACGGACAUUGCUUUGUAUUGCUAUCUACAAGGAAACAGAUGGUCGUUGGCCGAAGCUGAGAAACAGUGGUUGAAAACCGUUGCCUGGAGAAUUGCUUACAAGACCAGCGAGAUAAGUCACGAGGAUGAGGAUGUCAGUAAAUGUGCGAGGUUUCGGACUAAUUACGUUAAUGGGUUUGAUAAGUUUGGGCGACCUCUAAUAUAUUUGAAAAAGAGGGCCGAUAAGCAUGAGAAACAUGACUUUGCGGCUGGAUUGAGGCUACUAGUUCAUUCGCUCGAAACAGCUUUAAAAGUGAUGCCUUCUACAGCUCAUCAACUGGUCAUAAUCAUGGAUUUUACACUCUUCCAUCAAUCUCACAGCGUUCCUCUUCCUGUUGCCCGCGAAACUCUUACGAUUCUAUCAACGCACUAUCCCGAACGGCUUGCUCGUGCAUAUUUGGUAAACGCACCGUUCCUUUUACGGUGCUUUCUCAAGUUACUUUCUCCAUUUAUGGACGAAGUUACUAGAAAUAAAAUUGUAUUCGUCGACAACGUUCCUACAGAGGCAAAUAUGCAAGACGGAGCAGAAACCAAAAACGGUAAAAGCAAGAUUGACCCGAUAUUAGCAGAAUGGAUUGAUGAAAGUAUGUUGGAAGUAGCUUAUGGAGGGAACUUGAAUUUUGUGUAUGAACACGACAUUUAUUGGAGCUUUGCUGAAGAGAACGGGAUCAAGGCUUGGUAA